AUGGGGAGCGCCGAGAGCAGCGAGAGCCGCAGGGUGUCCUUCGGGAUGGACGAGGAGGAGCGGGUCCGGGUGCUGCAGGGCAUCCGGCUGUCUGAAAAUGUGGUCAACCGCAUGAAAGAUUCCAGCCAGCCUUCAGAAGGGCAACAGCCUGCCCCUCCACCUACGGCUCCUCCACCCAUGGCUCCUCUAUCUACUGCUGCUCCUCUACUUAUGGCUCCUCCAUCUACUGCUGCUCCUCCACCUACUGCUCCCCCACCUUCUACACUUGGUCCCCCAGAAGGCAACUGUAAAGCCCCUCAAAAAGAAUCUAAACAGCUGAGGUCAGAGACUGGUGGAGGCCAGCAACCUUCAGGGGUGAAGGAGGAUCUCAAGAGGUUCAAACAGGAACAGGCCAUAGUCCAGGAGGAGCUGUUCCAAGUGGUGAAGAGGGAAAGAGAGGCAGCCUUGAAGCACUUGAAGACAUCAGUGCUUCCUGAGGGGGUCAGUACUGGACAUGAGAAGCAGCAGUCAGCCCAGCUGGCUAAGGAACUGCAGAACAGAGAGGCAGAGCUAAGGCGCCGCGACACCUUCUAUAAGGAGCAGCUGGGGCGCAUGGAGAAGAAGAAUGCGGAAAUGUAUAAACUGUCUUCACAGCAAUUCCAUGAGGCAGCUUCGAAAGCAGAGAGCACAAUAAAACCCCGCAGGGUGGAGCCAGUGUGCUCAGGCCUGCAGGCCCAGAUUCUCCGCUGCUACCGGGACCAUCUACAUGAGGUGCUGUUGUGCUCAGACCUAGUCAAUGCGUACCAGCACUGUGUGAGCACCGCCCACAAGGGGUGAGGAGCAGCCAUCAUUCCUGUCUUGGCAGUGAGUUGGAACCCUGAAGAAGGGACCAAUCAUGGGACCACAGAUCCCAGGCCACAGCCACUAUACCCUGCCAUUUCCUGCUGGGCACCUCCAUAUGCCCCUGAGCUUGCACUUGCCAUGUGCUUAGGAAACAGAGUAUGUUCUAC